UUGUUUGUUGUUUUCCCCUCCAGGCCCUGAAGGAAGCAGAGCAGAAGUUCCGGCGAACUCUGACCUCCAAGAAGUCCAAAAGGCUGGUGGAGUUUAAACUUUGGUGUGAGACCGGCGACAGCUCCUUCUCUCUCCAUGUUUGGUUGCCUAGCGACCGCAGCGUUGUCAUAGCAACUGAACAGUGGUGUCCUGUCUGCCAUGUCCCUACUGCCGUUCCUGAAGCGUGGGAUGCGGCUGGACCCGUACAUCACCACCACCAGUGAACAGAUCGUCGAGUACGACUUCGACCGCGUCGUCUACGAGGAAAACUCGCCGUACCAGAACAUAAAAAUCCUCCACUCUCCGCAAUACGGCAACCUGCUGCUAUUGGACGAUGAUCAGAAUUUGGCUGAGAGCGACGUGGCCUACACGUACGCCAUGACAGGGAACGGUCGCGAAGACUUCACCGACAAGGACGUGCUCAUCCUCGGGGGCGGGGAUGGGGGGAUCCUGUAUCAUCUACUCCAACAGAGCCCCAAGUUUGUCACCAUGCUGGAGAUAUCCUUUCUAUAUCCUUUCUGUGUGUAUAUCGGGGGCGGGGAUGGGGGGAUCCUGGGGGGCGGGGAUGGGGGGAUCCUGUACCAUCUACUCCAACAGAGCCCCAAGUUUGUCACCAUGCUGGAGAUAGACCAGAUGGUGAUUGAUGCAGCCACCAAGUACCUGCGGGGGAUCUGCCAUGACUGCUUCGACUCCCUCAGUGGAGACAACUACCUGGUCCGAGUGGAAGACUGUGUACCGGUGCUGGAGCAGUACGCGCGGGACGGCAGAACCUUUGAUUACGUCAUCAACGAUCUUACCGACAUUCCGAUAUCACAAGAACCUACAGACGACCAUCUUGACCUUGCCCAGAAGAUCCUUCACCUGUCCCUGAAGAUGUCAGGGAAGUAUAUAUACUGGACUCAAACGGCAUUGAACCUGAGUAACAAUUUAUCUCAUCUACUACUGACACUGACCUUUACCCUUUGA